AUGUCUAACCAAGCCGACAAGUCCAUGGCCAAUCUCAAGGAGAUCACUGGCCAACUUCUCACGAUUGUCCGCGCUGCCCGGCAAAUUCCCCCUGGUCCCAGUCACUUCGCUCUGGCGACACAGGCAAGUGAAUUAGUGCUGGUGCAGCAAGGCCCUCACCUGGCAAGCCUUGGGCAACCACUUGUUCAAUCUCGCACACGAGGUCGAUGCGUGGAUGGUGAUGCUUUGGAGAAGGGGAAAGGGAAGGUGAGGGAAGUGGAGCCGGAGCCGGAGAAGGAGAAGGAGAUGGAGAAGCCGAAGGAAGAGCAGGAGAAGCCAUGCAGGAAGCGGCCUUUCUCCUGGAUGUCGAAGCCACUCCCAAAGUCAGUGAUGAAAAUGCCGAAGAGGGGGAAGUCAGGGCAGGAGUGGAAGUCGAGAGAAUUGGUGGAUUCAUCGGACGAGGAGGAGGAAGAGGACGGGUUGUCAAAGUGGUGUAGCCCCGUUCUGACACAUCCUCUGCCUGAGAUGUUUCCCGCAAGGGUGCGGCUUCAAGCAAUGGACUGGAGACAAUUCAAAAGCGCUUAUGAAGCCAUUGAGGGACAUGUCCCAGUGGAUAUCAUAUGCACAUUCCAUGCAUUUCUUGAAUUUUGUUACAUUGUACAGAAGAAUGCUAUAACUGAGCACACGCUGGAGAAGCUGCAAGAUGCUGUUUCCCAUUUCCAUCAUUAUUGCAAGAUUUUCCUGGAAAAAAGCAAACACAUUAAGGCUGUUAAAGCACUCGGUCAAAUGCUUGUCACAAAUCAACGGCUUGAUAAACUCACUGCCGCACGAGUCAACUUCACCAGCCAUGGGAUGUUAAAUGGAACUUGCCUUUCAGCAGCCCUUGAAGCCCUUUUACAACAAGACGGACCAAGUCACCAUGCACCUGCUAAUGAUGCAAUGGAUAAUGCUCAAGAUGAAAACCUCGAUGUGUCUGUUCCUGAAGAUGAUAUUGAUGAGAUGAAGCAUGCACACACCGUUUUGGCUCUCACUGAAGAGCUGAACAUCCCCCGUCUACCUGAGAUGACAUGUCCGGAUGAUCCACGAGAUGCAUCAGAAAUUCCUAUCACAGGAUGCCCUCGAUAUGAGGGCAAAAUAUCGGUAUUCAACUCUGCAUGCUCUCAGUUCUAUGCCCCAAGCGACCUAAGUGGGAUCGGUGGAAUGCAUAUUGAGCACAUUUGUGCUUGUCCCAUGUGGCGGAAUGAGGCCCCUCGUUAUGACUGUGUUUUCAUCAAUAUUGGGUCAGAAGAUGUGGGCAUUCGAGGACUUGAAGUUGCAAGGAUUCAUAUGUUCUUCUUGUUCAAUUAUGGAGGAAUAACUUACCCAUGCGCUGUCAUGCGCUGGUUCAAUAUCAUUGGAGACUCGCCUGAUGAACAUACUGGUAUGUGGAUGGUCCAUCUGGCCUGCAGCACUAACAAUGCACCUAUCUACAACAUCAUACAUGUUGAUUCAAUCUAUCAUGCGGCUCACCUUAUUCCUGUCUAUGGCAGAUGA